AUGAAUAAACAAUUAACAUAUGUAAAUUCAUUGGCUUUUAGACUGUUUGCAGUAGAUAAAUUAUCGAAAUAUAGAGGGUCUCGUACUUUUGGAAUAGAUAAUAUAUAUAUAAAAUGAUUAGAUAGUGAUAAAGAACUAUACCAAUACUUAGUAGAAUUAUUGAAAUCUACAGUUAAAUACCCUAAAAAUUAUAAGGCUGAUAUUGUCAAAAGAGUUUGAAUACCAAAAGCGAAUGGGAAACUAAGACCUAUUAGUAUACCUACUCUUAGAUAUAGAGCACUACAACUAUUAAUAAACCUAGUGCUGGAACCUCUAAUAGAAAUGACAAGUGAUCCACACAGUUUUGGUUUUAGACCAUAUCGUUCUUCUAUAGAAUGCUAUAACUUAUCUUAG